GCGCUUUGCGUCUGGGACAUGUUCUUCUCUCUCCUCUCUAGCAGAUAGAUUUUUCGGCAUUCAGCUUUCAUCUCCCACUACUUUUAUGCUCCAAUACCAUCCGUGAAUCUUCAAGACAAUCCGGGAUUCACCAGAACACCAUGGAAGAGCCUCAGAAGGAUAGAGAAGACACUGGGAACACAGCUGCUCCAACAGGUACAGACAAAGAGAACUCAGCUCCAGCGGCAGCUCCAUUAAGGAUCGUCCUGGUGGGCAAAUCGGGCAGCGGGAAAAGCGCCACCGGGAACAGCAUCCUCUGCCGGCCAGAGUUCGAGUCCCACUUGGCGGGGCAGAGCGUGACCAGGCAGUGCCAGGAGGCCAGGGGCACUUGGGAAGGGAGGAGCAUCCUGGUGGUGGACACGCCCCCCAUCUUCGACGCCGGGCCGCCCACCCAAGACCUGUACAAGAACAUCGGGGACUGCUACCUGCUCUCUGCCCCCGGGCCCCACGUGCUGCUGCUGGUCACUCAGCUGGGCCGCUUCACCGCGCACGAUGCCGAGGCCGUCAGGAGGGUGAAGGAGGUCUUUGGGCCGGGGGCCAUGAGACACGUGAUCGUCCUCUUCACCCACAAGGAGGACCUGCAGGGCGAGCCCCUGGCUGACUACCUGGCCAGCGUGAGGGACUCGGGGCUGCCCGGGCUCCUGCGGGAGUGCGGGAGGAGGUUCUGCGGCUUCAACAACCGGGCCACGGGCGCAGAGCAGCGCCGGCAGCUGGCCGAGCUCAUGGGCCAGGUGGAGAGUCUGGAGCGGGAGCUGCAGGGCGGCUUCCUGAGCUCCGAGCUGUCCCGGGAGGCGCAGCUGCUGCUGCAGCAGCGGAGCGCGGGGGCCGAGUGCGGGGAGCAGAGCGCGCGCUACCUGGGCCUGGUGCGGGGCGAGCUGGAGAAGCAGAGGCGGGCGGUGGCCGCGGCCCCGGGGAGCUGCGCGAGGAACCGGCUGCACGGGCUCCAGCCCGUUUUCAAUUCUGACUUCCUUUUUUGUUUUUUGGGGUGCAGCAUAUUAUUCAUCGUUAUCAUGCUGAUCAUUUUUGUAAUUUGAUGUCUCAUCAGCAUGGCAGCAUUUUCUAAACCAUUGCGCAUGUCUGUCAUUCUCAGCACCCCCCCUUCGGAGGUUAGUUCUGAGGUUGGCAGAGAACAUGGGCUGCCCACGAUGAGGUCCGUUCCUCUCCCGACACCAAUCCCAACACCAUUACACCAUCCCAUCACCAUUAUUUCCAAUUUCCCACCACUGCCUAACCCUGCCCCCAAAGCACUUGCUAAAUAAGUUAUUUUGAUUUAUUUUCUAUGAAUAAUAUGCUAAAAAUGAUUUUAAAAAGUUUCCUUAGAGGAAAGUGUGUGAAGAUUGUUGUAUCUCACCCCGCAGCCAGUAAGCCCUCGCAUAAGAGAUUACUAACACGUUGUUAUAGGUUGCCCCUUCUGUGCUAAUAUAAUAUAUACAUCAAAAUAGGUUGCCUUUACGUUGUACCCCAUCAGAUGUGGUGUGCUACUCUUGGUACAUCAGUGGGGCAGAGCGUGAAAUGUCGCGCAGCCGUGCUCCAGGAAUUCUAAAGUUUUAUAUAGGGUGGUACAGUUAGAGUUAAAUUAGAGUUAAAUUUUUAACUGAAUGGUGACCUUGGGGUGUGGAGGCAUCUCUGUGGUGUUUUGCUCUUUCUCUUCUGAGAUUUAUUUGGGAGUCUCUGGAUCAUGGCCAUUAAUGAGCUCAUAUGGCGCCAGAGUAAGCUUAUGGGCGAGGCCACCAGGCUCCAGGAAGAACAGGGAGAUGGGGGAAGUAGUCCAUUUCUGACUCAGCGAGAGCCUGAAGAUUUCGGGAAAGCCACACUUCAGAGGAGAGCAGAUAGAUGUAACAGAUCAGCCAGCCAGAGAGUUGUUCCUCUCUCUAGAUUCACAAUAAACCCCUUUGUUGCUAAAGCUAUCUGGGUUUGAAGGUCUCAUUUCGAACACUUUUAACCUGCAUUUGAGAUGUUUGUUUUGUUUUGGGGCCAGGAAUGAUUAGGAGGUAAAGGUGAUUUGGGCUUACUCAUGGCUCUGUGCUCAGUGAUUAGUCUGGCAGGGAUCAGGAGACCUUUUGGGGUGCUGAGAAUCAAAUCCAGGUCAACCACCGGCAAAACAGGUGCCUUACCCACUCUACCCUGGUCUCUUGCAUUGAAAAACAUUUGAACUAGUCGAAACUUUUCUACCUUCCUGUGUGCAGCUUAUCUUCAGCCCAAAGUCCCAGGGCAGAGAACCGAGGCACAUGUUUAGGUGAUGCUGAGAUGCUGAGAGAAACCUGUUUGUGUCUCGACUCACUGUCACAGUCCACACUGGGUGGUUUCUCCUCCAAGCCCAUCCUCCUGUCCCACCCCAGCUCUAUUGUUACA